AUGGAGGCAUUUAGCCCUAAGGAUUCUUCUAUUCUAUCAAGUCCUUACUCCUCACCCAAUCUUAGUGCCUUGCUUAAGAUUAAAAUCAUCUCUUGGAGUCAAGAGACAGGAUUGCCCGUAACUGUUCGUGUUCGAGUUGCUGAUCGAUCCUUCAAUUUGCACAAGUUCCCAUUAACAUCAAAGAGUGGAUACUUUAAGAAGCAACUACAAGAUUGGCAAGAAGUAGAUCUUCCAUCAAAUUUCCCAGGAGGUUCAGAAACAUUCGAGAUGAUUGCACUCUUCAUAUACGGUUCAUCCACAUUUAUCGACCCCUUCAACGUAGCAUCCCUUCGAUGUGCAUCACACAUACUCGAAAUGAACGAAUCGGAAGGAGGCCCUAACAACUUAUGUGAGAGGACAGACCUAUACUUAAACCAAGUAGUCCUCCAAAGUUGGGACGAUACCCUUAUUGUCCUCCAAAAAUGCCAAUCUCUGCUUCCUUGGGCAGAGGAACUUCUAAUAGUAAGUAGAUGUAUAGAGUCCUUAGCCUUUAUGGCUUGUAUGGAGAUUCUUGAUCCUGAGAGAAAAAGAAAAAAACCAAUUGUGUGUUUAGAACAUUUAGCAAACAAACCAUGGAAUAAUAAGGUAUUAAAACAAAUAAUUGCGAAUGAUCAAGAUCAUGUUUGGAUUAAGGAUCUAAUUGCUCUACCAUUUGGGUUUUUUACAAGGAUUAUUGGGUCAUUAAGAAGGCAAGGUAUGAAGGAGAAAUAUGUGAGUCCAAUCAUAGUAUUCUAUGCUACAAAAUGGGUUAAUUCAAAGAGAACGCGUCAAUUUUGGGAGUGUUUAUGUGACAAUGUCGAUGAGGAUGACAAUACUAGCCGCGUUCAUGAUGCAAACAAGGUCUUAGAUACUCUAACCGGGAUCCUUGAUAUGUUGCUAGUAGGAGUAAACUCGAAUAAACUGAUUCCCGUAGGAUUCUAUUUCGAGCUAUUGACUAGGUGUCUUGAACUUGGAGGGACUAACUAUGAAGGAAAAGAAAGACUACAACAUCAAAUUGUGCAUCUUUUACCUUUGGCUCAUGUACAAGAUUUUCUUCUACCAAGACACCCAAUUGAGUCUAUUAGUUAUAGUGUGGAAGUGGGUGUUAUGGAGACUAUAUUUUCAACAUAUGUUUCUUCAAAUUACAUACAAGUGGAUCAUAUGACCCUACCAACAGGCAAUGCUAUUGUGGGUGAAUUGUGGGAUUCAUAUAUCUCUUUGAUUGCCCAUGAUUCAGUUAUGACUUCAGAAAAGUUCAUUAGUCUUGUUGAGUUGGUUCCUUUAUCUUAUAGAAAAAACCAUGAUCAUCUUUAUACAGCAAUCAAUACAUUCAUCAAGGCACAUCCACAACUAUCACAAGAAGAAAAAACAUCAGUAUGCAAGUACUUAAACUGUCAGAAACUAUCCCAAGAAGUGUGUGUAGAAGCAGUGCAAAAUGAGUUCAUGCCACUUAGAUUGAUAGUUCAAGCCCUCUUCGUUCAACAACUCAACACACAGCAUGCAUUCAAGGAGUGUUCUGAAUCAUUCAGAUUCACAUACUCGAAAGAAUUUUCGAGUAGUCUAUCAAGCUCGAAAUGUUUGAAUUCUAAGAGCCAAAAUCUAGGAGAUAUCUUUGAGGACGAGAGCAUCAUAAACAAACCUUUAAACUGUUUACUUGCAAGCGAUUCAACUUUACAAAUAGAUCAGGAAGACGAGCUAAAUGUAGCACGAAAAGAGUAUGAAUCAACAAGUUUUCGACUUCAAAAUCUCGAACAAGAAUUGUUAUCAAUCAAAAAGAGUAUUCAUUCCAAGAAGUUGGGUAAAGAAAUAGAACAAGGGUGUCAAAAAACUAGGCCUAAUUAUGGAUUUGAAGGAAGAUCAUUUAGUAAAAGGAGGAAUAUUUCAGUAGGACAAGUAAGUAGUUGUAUUGGUUCAGUAAAUUUUUCUUCUCAAAGGAAAUAUGCUGGUAGAUUGUUGAAGAUCUUUAGAAAAGUUAGUUUGUUUGGAAGAGCAAAACUGAUAAAAAGGCAUAGUGUUUCGGGUUCAUAAGGUUCCAUUUUCGAGGCAAGGAUUAAUUCCCUCUUCUCGUUUUGUUACCUGUAGCAAUUCUCUAAUGUACUUCGUAAAAAGUUUAUGUUAAGAUCAUAAGAUGUAUGUUAUAUAGUUUUUGUGGCAUACAAUUUUGUAAUAUGA